AUGCCCGGGCGCUGGCGACUCUACGCGCUGCAGUGCGCGGCGCUGGCCCUCCAGUGCGCCUGGCGCAGCGGCCUCGGCGCCGCCGCGGAGAGCCCGGCGCCCUAUUACGGCGACAACGGCUUCGCAGUUACGCAGAGCUCCUCCUCGAUGGCCCGGGAGCUCCCUUCUGGCUCGCCGUGCUGCCGUAAUAAGCCCGUUGCCCUAGAACAGCCGCACCAGAACCUCCUCCGUUGCCUCUGCCCCCCUCCCCGAAGGAAGGGCGCGUUGCAGCCGAAGCGUGGCAGUUUGAGGCCCAGCGAUGCAAGGGAGGGAAUGAAGCACCGGCAGAACAUUCCCGCCGAAGCGGACGAGGCACGGAACGGCUUCAGGGCGGCUGGGUCGUGCCCCCAGCGAGUAGAUUUAGCGCCUGGCCACGGGGUGCUUCUCAGAGCAAACCGGAGCCCCAGAGAGGACCGGCGUGCCGAGAGCGACUUCGCCAAGGGCGGACCGAGCAUCCCCGCCGGCCCCGUGAACGUCAUUGACCUCCUGGAGGCCCUGAACGUCACCCGCUCCGUCACGGGAGUCACCCGGGCCAAGGGGCCCGAUCCAGGCGUGCCGGCCUGGAAGUUCCGCCAGAGGGUGCCGCACCUCACCCUCCCCUGGGACUACUCCGUCUACUUGCUGUCCACCGUGCAGGGCGCGCUCGGAUUCCACUUCGUGGCCCGCCAGAGCCGCGGCUCGGAGGGGACCCUCGUCUCCCUGGUGUCGCCGGCCGCCUCCCAGCGCGACGGGCGGCCCCUGCUGCGCCUGGUCUCCAGCGUGCGGGCCGGCCGGCUCUGGCUGGAGUACCGCACGGUCCACAACAUGGAGCCCGCCUCCCUGACCUUCCCGGGGAGCAACCCCUUCGCCCACGGCCGCUGGACCCGCCUGGCGCUCAACCUGGAGCCCCAGCGCGUCUCGCUCUUCGUGGAGUGCCAGGAGCCCAUCGUCUUCGAGAAGGACGGUGGGGAGGAGAUGCUGAGCCUCAUCCUGCCGCUGGACCUGCAGAUCACCUUCGCCAGCCUGGCCGGAGACAAAGCCAGCAAGUUCCUGGGCUACUGGCAGACGGCGGAGAUCUCCCCCAGCGGCUUCCCGCACCGCCCCUGGCACUGCGAGAACCUGCCAGAGCCAGAGCUGCCGCCCCUGCCCUACGCGAUGCCGGAGGAGCACAACAUGGCCCUGGCCGAGGCCCGGCUGUUUGGCCUCGACGCCCCCUCCCCGCUCGAGCCCCCGGCCUUGACGGACAUCCGCCACUACCAGCGGGAGCCCAGCGUUUCCGACUUCCCGCCCCUGAGAGAGGAGCCGCCCCACCGGGCCAGCCUGGAAGAGUGGAUCCGGAGGCUGGAGGAGCUAGUGGAUGGCCUGGGGUCCAUGCUGGACAUGGUGAAAGAGCAGAAUUCUGACCUUCUGGGCCGCGUGAAGGCCCUGGAGGACUGUGAGUGCCAGCGCCCGGCGUGCUUUUGGGAGGGGCAGCGCUACGAGGAUGGGGCCUCCUGGAACAAAGACCCCUGUGCCACCUGCACGUGCGUCCGGGGCAAGCUGGAGUGUUCCUUGCGGCGCGACCGGCCGCACUGCCUCGGCUGCGUGGACGGGCGGCAGGAAGGGGAGAGCUGGCGGCCAGAACCGUGCCUGACUUGCCACUGCAAGGCGGGCACCGUGCAGUGUCAGGCCGUGGAAUGCCCAGAGCUUUCCUGCCGAGAGCGCCACACGCCCCCCGGGGAAUGCUGUCCCAUUUGCCGUCCAGGCUGUGAGUACGAAGGGCAGCGCUACCGAGACGGGGAAGCCUUUGCGGCCGCGGCCAGCCCCUGCCUGAACUGCUCCUGCCUGAGGAGCCUGGUCCAAUGCCACCCCGUCCAGUGCCCGCCAAGCCCCUGCUCCAGGCCCGUCGCACAACCUGGCCAGUGCUGCCCCACCUGCCCAGUGUGUGAGCUGGAUGGGCGGCCCCUGGAACCGGGGCAGGAGGCCACCUCGGACGACGGGUGCCGGCGCUGCUCCUGCUCGGAUGGGAACGUGCUCUGCUCCCCCGUCGCCUGCCCCAAGCUGGACUGUGCCGAGGCGGAGGAGGCCCCCGGGCACUGCUGCCCCCGCUGCCCAGGAUGCGUGGAUGGCACUGCCCGGCGCGAACACGGCGAGGAGUGGACGCCCCCCGCAGACCCGUGCCUGCGGUGCAAGUGCUUGGAAGGCAAGGCGGUCUGCCAGAGGAGGCGCUGUGCCAGCCUGUGCCGCCACCCGGCAAGCCCGCGCCCGGGGACCUGCUGCCCAGUCUGUGACGGCUGCCACUGGGAAGGGCAGGAGUACCGCAGUGGAGACCGCGUGCGGAGCAGGGACGCCUGCCAGCGCUGCAGCUGCGCGGCCGGCGAGGUGACCUGUGAGCCGGCCGUGGCCAGCUGCCCGCCAGCCCCCUGCAGCCACCCAGGCAAGCUCCCGGGCCAGUGCUGCCCGACCUGCAGCGCCUGUGAAUUCGAAGCGCACCUGUACCAGGACGGGGAGACCUUCACGCCGCCCGGGGGCAGCCCCUGCCUGCAUUGCACGUGCUCCGGCGGGCAGGUCCGGUGCCACGAGGAGCUGUGUCCACUCGCGCUCUGCUCCCAGCCAGUCCGAGACCCAGCGCUCUGCUGCCCGGUCUGCAAAGUGUGUGUCCUGGACAGCGUGGAGUUCGAAGACGGCACCGAGUGGGAGCCGGACGGGGACCCCUGCAGCACCUGCACCUGCCUCCAGGGGGAGCCGGUUUGCAGUGCCCUCCCGUGCCCACCGGCUCCCUGCCAGCAUCCGGCCCGGCUGCAAGGCGCCUGCUGCCCGCGAUGCCAGGAGUGCUCCUUCCGCCAGCACCUCUACAGCAACGGGCAGGAGUUCACCGACCCCGAGAGCCCCUGCCAGAGCUGCCGCUGCACGGACGGCACCGUGCGCUGCUCGCCCACCGUCUGCCCCCCGGUGACGUGCCCGCACCCGGAGAAGAGGCCUGGAUCCUGCUGUCCAAAGUGCCCGGACUGCGCCCACGAGAACCGCGUGGUGCCCGACGGGAGCGAGCUCCCCAACCCGCUGGACCCGUGCCAGGCCUGCGUGUGCGCUGGGGGGGAGCUGCGCUGCGCGGAGCGGCGGUGCCCGGGGGCCCUGUGCGCCCACCCGCUGCCGGGCUCCUGCUGCCGGAACAACUGCAAUGGCUGCAGUUACGCGGGGAAGGAGUACCCCAACGGGGCCGAGUUCCCCCACCCCACGGACCGGUGCCGGCUGUGCCACUGCAUCAACGGCAACGCGCAGUGCCUGUCCCGCCGCUGCCCGCCCCUGCCCUGCCCCGAGCCGCUCGUGGUGCCCGGCGAGUGCUGCCCGCGAUGCCCAGCCCCCCCAGCCGGCUGCCUCUACCUGGGCCUGUCCUACCCGCACGCGGGGCGGUUCCACGACCCCUCGGACCAGUGCCGCGAGUGCCUCUGCAGCAACGGGACCGUCACGUGCCAGCGCCGGCCCUGUGCGCCCCCCCCGUGCACCCACCCCCUGCAGCAGGGCUGCUGCCGCUCCUGCGAUGGCUGCCUCUACCAGGGGAAGGAGCUGCCCAACGGGGAGCCGUUCGAAGACCCCGCGGGCCCCUGCCGGACCUGCCUCUGCUGGGAGGGGAGCGUCACCUGCUCACCCCGGGCCUGCCCCCCGGCCGAGUGCCCCUUCCCGGCCCCAGGGCCAUGCUGCAAGGCCUGUGAAGGUUGCGAGUACCUCUCUGAGCACUACCUGGACGGCCAGGAGUUCCCGGACCCCCAGGAGCCGUGCGGCCUCUGCUCCUGCCUGGGCGGGUUCGUCACCUGCGCGAAGAGGCCCUGCUUCCAGGCCGGCUGCAGCCACCCCGCCCGGCUGCCCGGCCAGUGCUGCCCCGCGUGCCACGGCUGCUCCUAUAACGGCGUCACCGUCGGCGACGGGCAGAGCUUCGCCGACCCCGGAGACCCGCUCUGCGCCCAGUGCACGUGCCGGGCCGGCUCGGUCCAGUGCCUGAGGAAGCUCUGCCCGCCGGCCCCCUGUGCCGAUCCAGUCCCCGGUCCGUGUUCCUGCCCCGUGUGUGAAGGUUGCAGCUUCCAGGGGCGCCAAUACGGGGAUGGAGAAGCCUUCGCCGCCCCCAGCAAGCCCUGUGAGGAGUGCCGCUGCCUGAAAGGCGACGUCUCCUGUGGGCCCCGCCUGUGCCCCCCGCCCCUCUGCCCUCACCCGUCCCGGGACCCGUGCGGCUGCCCCUCCUGCCACGCCUGCCACUUCCACGGGCGCGACUGCGGGGACGGCGAGCGCUUCCCCGACCCCCGGGACCCCUGCAGCCAGUGUCAGUGCCUGGCCCCGACCCGCAACAACCCGCCCGGCAACGGCACCAUGGAAGCACCUCCGCGGGGCUUCCAGGGCCUUCUCCCGCCUCUUGAGCUGCCUGAGAGGCAGUGCGGUGCAAGCGGCAGCGUGACCUGCUCGCCCCCCCCGUGCCCGCCCGCACCCUGCCGGAGCCCCGUCACGCCACCCGGCCAGUGCUGCCCGCGGUGCCCCGGGCCCUGCCUCCACCUGGGCCGGCUCUACCAGAGCGGGGAGGCCUUCAGCCCGCUGGAGGACGCCUGCCGCACCUGCACCUGCCUGGCGGAAGUCGUGACGUGCCAGCCCAAGCCUUGCCCGACGCAGUGCUCGCACCCGCUGCCCCCCGUCGCCCCGGCCUGCUGCCCCGCCUGCGACGGCUGCCUCCACGAGGGCCGGGAGCUUGCCGACCGGCAGGCCUUUGUCCCGCCCUCCGACCCCUGCCAGCGCUGCACCUGCCUGCGCGGCAGCGUGCUCUGUGCCCCGGCGGCCUGUCCCCCAACGCCGUGCGCGGCCCCCCGGCGUGCGCCUGGGCAGUGCUGCCCCCAGUGCCUGGUGUGCCAGCACGGGGGCCGGGAGCACCCCGAGGGCUCCCAGUGGCUCUCGCACCUGGACCCCUGCCAGCAGUGCUCCUGUGUGGACGGGAACGUCCGCUGCGAGGUGAUCCGCUGCCCCCCGGCCCCGUGCGCCGACCCCACGACUGAGCCAGGGGUCUGCUGUCCCCGCUGCAAAGGCUGCACGCACGAGGGCCGGGAGCGUGCCGACGGCAGCGGCUGGCUCUCCUCCGCACCUUGCGUGGCCUGCGCGUGCCUGGACGGCGUGGCCACCUGCGCCCGGAUCGCCUGCGUGAGCGCCUGCGCGGACCCGGUGGACGUCCCUGGGGAGUGCUGCCCCCUGUGCCCAGACUGCAGUUACGGGGGCCAGACUUAUGCACCAGGUGAGAGUUUCCAGCCGGGAGAGGACCCCUGUGAGAUCUGCACCUGUGAGCUGCUGUCGGAUGGAGAGCAACACAUCCGCUGCUUCCGCAGGCCCUGCCCCAGCCUCCUAGACUGCCCCCCAGAGCAGGUCCAAGCCCCCGGCCCCGGGCGCUGCUGCCCCACCUGUGCGCAAGCCCUGGGCAACUGCACCGCCGGCCUGGUGGGCAACGAGGUGCACAGUGCGGACGUGCCCUGCUACACCUGCCAAUGCCAGGACCUGACCUGGGUUUGCGUGCGCCGAGAAUGCCCGCCGCUGAGCUGUCCCUCCGCGGAGCGCUUCACCCCGCCUGGCGCCUGCUGCCCGGUCUGCGACGAGUGUGUGAUUGAGGCCGAGGGACGGCGUGUGCCCGACGGGGAGACCUGGAAGGACGGUGCCGACAGCUGUGUCUCCUGCUCGUGCAACCUGGGGCACAUUGAGUGCCAGAUCCAGGAAUGCCUGCCCGCGGCGUGCCAGGAGGGCCUCGCGACGGUUCGGCUGCCCGGCCAGUGCUGCGCCCAGUGCCAAGAUGCCAGCGGCAACUGCUCCCACCAAGGCCGCGUCUUCCCGUCCGGCAAGCGCUGGCAGGUGGACGCCUGCACGGCCUGCGCCUGCGUCUCCGGAGAAGUGCGCUGCCAGAGCGAGCGCUGCCCCCCCACCGCCUGCACGGCCGAUGAGACGCCCACCCUGGUGCCCGGGCUGUGCUGCCCACGCUGCGUGCCGCACCCGGCAACCUGCGUGGCCUUCGGGGACCCCCACUACCGCACGUUCGACGGCAAGAUGCUCCACUUCCAGGGCAGCUGCACCUACGUCCUGGCGCAGGACUGCGAGGGGGGGGACUUCAGCAUUCACGUCACCAACGAGGACCGUGGGCGUCGGGGCGUGUCCUGGACCAAGGAGGUGGCUGUGCUCAUCGGGGGCACCACCGUGCGGCUGCUCCAGGACCACGCCGUCACGGUGGAUGCCCAGGCGGUGGCCCUCCCCUUCCUGAAGGAGCCGCACCUGUACCUGGAGCGGCAGGCCAACGCCCUGCUGCUGACCACCCAUGUUGGCGUCAAGGUGCUCUGGAACGGCCGCUCCCACCUGGAGGUCAGCGUGCCCGGCACGUACAAGGGGCGCACCUGCGGGCUCUGCGGCAACUUCAACGGCUACCCCCAGGACGACCUGCGGCUGCGGUCCGGACACCUGGCCCUGUCGGAGGCGGCGUUUGGCAACAGCUGGAAGGUGGCCGCGGCCAACGGCAGCGCGUCCGGGCCCGCGCCGGGGGGCGGCUGCGCCGACGGGACGGACGCGGACCCCUGCAAGGAGGCAGGCUACCGCGCGCGCAAGGAGGCCAACGCGCGGUGCAAGGCGCUGCAGGCGCCGCCCUUCGAGCGCUGCCACGCCGCCGUGCCGCCCGAGCCCUUCUUCGCCGCCUGCGUGUUCGACCUGUGCGCCUGCGCGGCCGCCGCCGCCGACGACUGCCUCUGCGAGGCGCUGGCCGCCUACGCCGCCCAGUGCCGCCACGCCGGGCUGGUGCUGCGCUGGCGCUCGCCCGCGCUCUGCGCCGUGGGCUGCCCGCAGGAGCGGGGCUACGUGUUCGACGAGUGCGGGCCGCCCUGCCCCAGGACCUGCGUGGACCACGCCGCGCCGCUGGGGGCGCUGGAGUCGCGCUGCUUCAAGCCCUGCGUGCCGGGCUGCCAGUGCCCCGCGGGGCUGGUGGAGCACGAGGCGCGCUGCGUGCCGCCCGAGGCCUGUCCGCGCAUCGUCCACGGCGCCCUCUGA